UUGAGAAGGAGGGUUAAAGAAGUGGAAAAGAUCUCGGGGGAGUGGACAACGAUGACGGUGGGACUUGUCAAACAAGAAUUAUGGAUUGUCAUUUUCCAAACUUAACUUGGGGAUGAGGAUCAGAUUCACCGGCGGACUGACUGGCUAUUGCCGGUGAAAGAUAUCGCGACACUUUAGUCAUCAGUUAGACCAUUCACAAACUUCGUAAUCUUACUUUCUUUCCCCACUGAAUCAGCACACUGGUUCCCAGAACCUUCGUGGCUUCGUAAACGCAGCCACAGCAGAGUCGUCGCUGCCAGUUCCUUUCUUUUUAAAUAGACCUUAUUAGCUUUGCUAUUUGGUUCAGCGCUCUCUCCCAUCACCACGAACGAAGAGUCUCUAUUCCUUUCAGAUUUUUUGGGGCAUAGAUGGUUAUGGAUCCACGAUACAAUGAAUUCCUUGAUUCGAUGAAUGGGUUCAAAUUCGACGAGGAUACUGUUUUACCCCGUUUCGAUCAGUCACAAGAUCUCAAGAACGGACAUAAAUUCGUAGAUGAUUCUUUGGAUUUGGAUUUCAGUUUCAUGGAUAAACCUUUCCUUGAACCUGAUCCAGACCCCGGUAAUCUUCCUUCAUCUUCGAAUGUGAGCUCAGAAGUCCAAUCUCCUGAUGACCAAGAGUUUUCCGAAACGGUUCUCAAGUUCCUAAGCCAGAUACUCAAUGAAGAGAAUAUGGAGGAGAAGCCCAGUAUGUUUCAUGAUCCUCUGGCUCUACAGGCAGCUGAGAAAUCUUUGUAUGAAGUUAUUGGUGAGCAGUAUCCGCCUCCUCCUGACCAACCCCCUCUUUACUUCAGUCAGAACAUCGCAAGUCCAGAUGGUAAUUUCUUUGGAAGUUCCAGUGAGAAUAGCACUAACAGCACUACUAGUGCUGGGAACUCCAUUGACACUCAAUGGAUUGUUGAUCGUGUUGAGUUUACACCAUCAGUGAUACAAAGUCAUUCCUCGGAAUACUCUUUCCAGUCCACUUUGCAGGCUGGUUCGCAGUGGUCAUUUGGCUCUAUAAACGGCUUCAGUAACGAAGUUAAUGGUCCUAUAGACCCUUCUUCGAGUACCCAUCUGAUUUCGAAUGUUUUUAGUGAUAGCGAAUCCAUCUUGCAAUUCCAGAGAGGAAUGGAGGAAGCUAGUAAGUUCCUUCCUCCUGAAAAUAAUUUGAUUAUUGAUUUGGAGAAUUACACAUUGCCUCCAAAGUCAACAGAAGAGGCUCCAGAACCUGUGGUCAAGGUAGAGACGGACGAGAGGGAGUACUCACCUAAUGGCUCAAGGGGAAGGAAGCACCAUCUCCGGGAGGACACUGAUCUAGAAGAAGAGAGGAGCAGCAAGCAGUCGGCAGUUUUUGUUGAAGAGGCUGAGGUAUCAGAGUUGUUCGACAGAGUUUUGCUCUUCACAGAUGAGAUGUGUAACACUGCAUCUUGUUGUACCAUUGAUGAAGAACAGCAGAGUGGAGUGAGCAAGACCUUGCAGCAGAGUGGAGUGAGCAAGACCUUGCAGCAGAGUGGACAACCACGUGGAUCUAAUGGCGGAAAGUCUCGUGCUAAGAACCAGAGCAACAUUAAGGAAGUGGUGGAUUUGAGGACACUUUUGAUCAACUGUGCACAAUCAGUUGCUGCUGAUGAUCGCAGGACAGCAAAUGAACAACUCAAGCAGAUCAGACAACACUCUUCUCCCACUAGUGAUGGAACACACAGGUUGGCCCAUAUCUUUGCUAAUGGUCUUGAGGCACGUUUGGCCGGCACUGGAUCUCAGAUUUAUAAAGUCCUAGCUUCCAAGAGAAUAUCAGCUGCCGAGAAGUUGAAAGCUUACCAGCUUUAUCUUUCAGCCUGUCCAUUCAAGAAGAUUUCAAUUUUCUUUGCAAACAAAAUGAUUUUCAAACAAGCCAUGAAAGCUCCAAAUAGGGUCCUCCAUAUUAUUGAUUUUGGUAUCCUAUACGGUUUCCAGUGGCCCAUCUUUAUCCAACAUCUUGCAUCAAUACCUGAUGGACCUCCCAAGCUUCGAAUUACUGGGAUAGAGUUCCCCCAACCUGGUUUCCGGCCAGCAGAAUUGGUUGAGGAGACAGGGCGUCGGUUGGCGAAGUACUGUGAGCGCUUUAAUGUUCCAUUUGAGUACAAUGCCAUAGCAGCACAGAAAUGGGAAACUAUAGAAAUUGGGGACCUCAAGAUUAACAGCGAUGAGGUGCUUGCUGUGAAUUGUUUAUUUCGGUUUAAGAAUUUGCUCGAUGAGACUGUUGUGGACAACAGUCCAAGGGAUACUGUUCUGAAGUUAAUCAGGAAGAUGAAUCCGGACAUUUUUGUCCAUUCUGUUACUAAUGGAUCCUACAGUGCUCCCUUCUUUGUCACUCGGUUCCGGGAGGCACUCUUUCACUAUUCAGCAUGGUUUGAUAUAUUUGAAACUUACAUAGCUCGUGAAGAACAGGAGAGGAAGAAUCUUGAGAAAGAGUUCUUUGGGCGAGAGGUUAUGAAUGUCAUUGCAUGUGAGGGUUCAGAGAGGGUCGAGCGGCCUGAGACAUACAAGCAGUGGCAGGUUCGCAACAUCAGGGCUGGUUUCAGGCUCCUCCCCUUGAACGAGGAGCUCACGAAGAAAUUGAAGGGUAAGGUGAAGGUUGGGUAUCAUGACAGAAAUUUUGUGAUUGAUGAAGACAGUGGGUGGGUGUUGCAGGGAUGGAAGGGUCGCAUUCUCUAUGCUAGCUCAUGUUGGGUACCUGCAUAGAAGUCUUUUGAGGGCAUUUUUGUUAGGACGCAAAAUUGAAGACUAAGGUUUCUUCCAACGUGCACAUGCUGGAGAAUGAUAGCGAAGGUAUUACUUUCUGCAAGUAGUACUCUCUCUCUCUCUCUCUUACACACACAUGCAAGCACACAAAAAAACAUGUGUAGAUGUUUAUAACUGGAGUUACAUAUGAAUGCACACCUGUGUAAUUAUAUGUUUUUACAUAUGUAUUCAUCUGCUAAGUAUGGGACACACUCGGGUGUUAUCUCUGGAAUAUAAGUUUGAUUUCGGUUAGUGGUUAAUAAAAUUUACCCAGUCAGUUAAAAAGGAGCUAAAAUUGCAGGUUUCUUUUUAUGAGAUGAUCUGUAUUAGUAACCUUCUAUCAGAAGACACUCGUGGAUUGGGAUAAUGUUCUGCACUAGUUAAAUAGACAUGGUGGCUGAAUGCUUAGUGGUCUAAACAUGGUUGUAAUCGAUCAUAUUAUUUCUUUUCCUAGCUUUUUCCAAUUGAUGACGGGAUUUAACUUGGGGUUGAUGUAGUUCUGCUUCUUGCCUGUAAAUUUUCUUAAUUGGUUAGUUGUUGUGUUCCUCAUUGUUAGUAGAUUUAUCUUCUAUGAAUGUGGAAUUUGGAAAUCUUCUUGUAUUGCAUCCUUGUUUCCUGGUC